AGAAACUUGGGUCAUGUUUAAUUUAACACUUGCCUGCGUUUUCCUGUUUAUUGCUUCGUUGGAAGCUAGAAAAGGUAAUUCCUCUUCUUCUUUCUUAUUUCAUACCGUGCAUGAUCAGUCAAACCACCCGGGGCAUGGUUCCUCGAGUAGGUGUAACAUUUAAGUCUGUGAAUGAAAUUCGUAGAUGUGACCAUUCAUUUGAAAGCUACCGAAAUGUUAUUCCAUGUAUGGUUGUUCAGUAGAGUUUCAAAUGAUAUUUUUGUCAAUUUCGUUUUUCUUUUAAUAAUAGUUAAUAUUAUUAUUAUGGCUACACUUGGGCGUAAAAGCAGUGAUCCUAUCUGAUACGUACAACAGAAAAUUUGCUGUCAAAUUUGUGUUUAAACACGGUAUUUAUAUCUCAGUGGGAACUACGCCAGAACUACUAAGUACCAUAAGGGUAUCAAGACUAACACAUCAAUAAAGAGAGGUAACAAAAAACACUGUGUUUAAUAUCUAUAGAAAUCGAUAUAACAGCUUUAAAUUGCCAGCUGUAAUAAUUGUUACCCGACCGUUCUUGAAACGAAACUUCACACAACAUUACCUGUUUCAAGAGGUUCUGGUUGAUUUAAUUCUAUUGGGCUAGACAAUGUGAAAACGAGAUUAAGCUAGGGAAUGACGUACUUUUAAGGAGAAGUAUAGGACCUUCUUUUAUGGUGAGACCUUUAAAAGUAAGGAAAUAAAGUUAAUGACUGAUGUUCGUCGAGACUACCAUGCACCUUGCACCAGGAACAAAUAACUUCUAUGAUCCAGCGGACGUUUAUUUCACUUUAGGCAAGCUGUUCUUUUGCAAUGAGGAGGUAAGGGGACCAGCCACCCUUACCAUACAAGAUUUCCCGGGGAAAAUUGGAUUAAAAUAUUCCGGGUUGGGGGAGACCUUUUGAAGGACCUACAAUCAAAGAUAAAGGUAGUCGGGAUAUAACAGAAAAUUUACGCGCACAAACAUAAACGUUUUGCUCAACAUCGGGCACGGGGCGGGAGGAGGAAGGAAAAAAGAGGUCAAAAAGCAACCUUCCCAACACUUUUGACGAUAAUUGUGUGAGAAUAGGAAAUCAACUUUAGUUCUUAAGUACUGUUGAGGGCGACUUAUUGCUUGUUUGGUAGAUCUUUUCCUCAGAGAGUUUUUAAAAAAGCAAACUGGCAUUUUAAGGGAAAAAAGAAGGGAAGAACUGUACCCGGUGGAUGCAGUUGAGGAGAAAAGGAGGGGUGAUGUACAAAGGCUAUGAGAGGCCCAUGAGUGCAUGAAGGGCUCUUGUUCACCGCGAUUUCACAGGUCUAAAUUCUUCCCUCCCCUCCCCCUCGAGCCCUUGUCACGCAGAGUGAAACCUUCCUCCAAAUCAAGGAAGAAUUAAGAAACUAUUAACAAGGCAAGUUCUAGAAAAGCUGAGAGGUUACACUUAACCUUUAUACACAAGCGACAAUUUUAUAGUAUAGAAAGGCUACUUUUCUGUUAAAACAAUUUUAACUAAAAAAUCACCGAAUGUUAUUUCAAGUCCACUUUUUGCAAACAAAAUGAGAAAGGAAAAAUUAAAAUUCUUUACCAAAACGAUCGACUAAUUGUAAAUUGUUUUCUAUCUAAAACAUCGCCAAACAUAAUUUCUCCACCUUUUUUAGAAUAAAAAGAAAAAAUUAAGGAAUUUCAAAAACCAUAACCAAAAUCCUAGACUAAACAAUUCGAAAAAAUUUCCAUCUUGCGACUUUGGAAAAAUAACACUUUGUGGCCAAAUGCAUUAAAAAUAGGUGUUUUUAUAGUCCAGAAUGGCUUGUUUUCUAUCUAAAACAGCAAAAAAUACUUUUUCUAAGUCCUUUUUGGCCAAAAAGAAAGGGUGAAGAAAUUUUAAAUUUCUGAUCAAAACCACGAACUAACCUUAAAACCAUGAACUAACACCUUUGGAAAAAUGCAAAUUUUGGGACAUUUUUAUCAGUGUUUUUAUAGUCUAGGGGGGUCGUUUUCUAUCUAGGAUGCCUCCGAACUGUUUUUCUAAGUCCAUUUUGCCUUACAAGAAAGGAUGAAGAAAUUUAAAAUUUUUGACCAAAACCAUGAACUAACACCUUUGGAAAAAUGCAAAUUUUGGGACAUUUUUAAAUUGGUGUUUUAAUAGUCUGGGGGGUAUCUAGAAAUUAAACACGUUUUUUAAAACUAUUUUGCCUAAAAAGAAAGGACGAAAAAGUUUCCAAUUUUCGACCAAAACCAAGGACUAACCGCUCUGGAAAAGGAUCCAUUUUUCGACUUUUUUAAGAAAUGUCUGUACUCAGAAAAAAAUAGGAGGGCCAAAGCAUAUCGCGGUUAUUUUUCAACUUUCUUCUACCCUUAUUUGUAGUCUGUCGGGAGGCGGGAAUUAGAUUUUUCCUCUUACAUCUGUUGCCUUGACAAAUGAACAUACAAUGUACCAAUGGAUCUUGUGAGGCUAGCACCGCGCAUGCUUUGUGGUGGCUGUCUGCCUGUUAUUCACAAAUCAUAACAAAUUUGUCUUUUUGCCUGCAGUGACAGAAGCAUAUCUACACCAUGGAAAAAUUGUCAAAAUAACAAAAGAAGUGGACGAUGAGCCAGGUAGACACUAAAGACCUUUACAUUUGACUGCUAGAGCGAUUUUUGAAUCCAUAUUUAUCUAUAUAGUUAAUUAUCAUACCAACUGUAUCCCUCUUUUGUAAUUUACAAGUCAUCACUGAGGAAAUUAAAGAGCUAUAGUUGGUAUGGUAAGAUCAACUAGAAAACGUACAACGUAUAACUUUUCUUACUGGUAAUCACAUCAAAAGUUUUCUCUAGUUUCUCCGUUACAUGUAUAUAUUUUUAUCAGGAGCCCAUAACCAAGAGCGAACGCCCCUUUUAGGCAUGUAAAAGGCUUUUUCUCCGAUCGAUUUAUUUUGAGAUACAAUUUAGAGUAUGCAUUUUCCCCCGCGAAAAUGGAAGCUCUUUCUGUCUAUGUGCGCAUCUAAAUCAUAUAGAUAAUGGCAAAAUUAAACACCGUUAUAAAGUCAAAAACUACCAUCAGAUUUCAGGUCUAUAGGUUCUGCUGGCUGGUUUGUGCGACUUAAAGAUGGUGUAAAUUCGCAGAAAAAUUGUUCUAAAAAUAGUAGUUUUGGUAACACCGCUGUAACAUAUGAGUAUAUUGAAGUCGUCGCCCCUACUCAUAGGCUCCUGAUUUCAUACAUUUUCCGUCUCCUCAAACGUGUUAUUCUAUUUACAGAAACUGUAGAGAAGCGUGAUGCUAACCCAUGUGGCUUCGGAUGUCCUGCCACCUGUGCUCCGGCCUGCACACAAUCAUGCUGCGCACCUCCUCCCCCACCACCACCCCCACCACCACCAUGCCCCGUUCCAGUACCAAUGCCUUGCCCACAGCCAGGACCCCCAGGACAACCAGGAUGCAUGGGACCACCAGGAUUGCCCGGAUGUCGUGGAUUCCCCGGUGCUCCAGGAUGUAUGGGACCCAUGGGACCAAUGGGACCACCCGGCGCACCAGGAUGCCCCGGUCUUCCAGCACCUCCACCCCCUCAGUGCCCUCCUGUUUGUAUCCACUACUGUAUGAGAAUUUGCCCACAACAAUGCUGCACCCCUCCUCCCCCAGUGUAUAUUCCACCACCACCCCCUCCCCCGAUGCCAGUUUGUGCUCCGUCAUGCGCACCAACAUGCUGUCCCAUGGGAAAGAAAUAAACAAUUUGGAGGAUUUCUCUUCAAUUCACUAAAAAAGAUAGAGAGGAAAUCGGAUGUGAAGAAAAUAGUACACUGAAGAACACCCUGUAAAUAUUUUGCUACCUUAAGACAUUGAGUUAGACGGCAAGCAUCCCUGGGGACACUCGAAGGAAAUUUAGGUAAAGAUGCGCAGCCAUGGCCUUCAAAAAAAUUAUAAGACCUUAUUUUCUGGCCAUAACUCAUUUUGUUUCGAAUAGAGAAUUAACUAUUUUUUAAACUGACAUCAUGGAAUUAGAAUUCUAAAAGGAAAGAUUUUGGUAGUACAAAUUUAGACCUUUUAUAGUCAAUCAGUGAAGUCACACUCUUUUAAAGUUUCCCACCCAAAUGGCACGGUGUUUAAAAUUCUGAAUAGUGAAUGAAAUGGUAUGUUUGUUUAGACCCACCUCUCUGAAAAUCAUACUCUGUUUAUUCAAAAAAAGGGCCAAAUAAGGUAAUGCCCUCACGGGGAAGCAUCCAAGAGUCAGAUGAUGUUUUAACAAGUUCAGCCUUUUUUACCAACGACUUAAUUUCCCG